AAGAAUCCGCAGGUAACUGGAGGGCUGAGCUGGGAAAACGUCCACACCUACCUGCAAAGAGCAUUCGCCAAGUCUGCGAUGUUCUGAACUUCUAUGAGAGCAACAUCUGGAACGUGGUAGGGUCUUUGGGGAAAAGUGUGCUGUUCCAAGUUUUGUCCUUGGAGGGAAAGGCACGUGGGGCGAACACUUGGAGAAAGACUCUUGUGUCUGGCUCUACAUCAUGAGAUCGUUCUCUCCUCAAUCUCUGCAUUCUUUUCGCUUCGAUCUGAGAAACUCGGGCCCGUUGCACAUGACGCAUCAAACUCGGGUGGAUCGCAUGACAGUCGCUCACAACGAGGGCAAGAUGGACUGGGAUAGGGAAUGGACAGCUUCCGACAAAUUCAAGCGACCAGCCACCAGCUGGGUGUCCUCGGUUGGAAGGCAGAGCGCAGACUUGUUUGCAGAAGCGGAGAUGGCAACGAAAUCGAUCGACAGAAUCAAACUACAGAAGCUAGCAAGGCAAGCGGAAGCGGAAGAAAAGGUGCACUCCAGGAAGAGCAGUUUCUUGAGCAAGACCAUGGUCUACAACGAUCGGAACAGAUUUCGAUGUAUCGGUACUCCCCUUCUCGACAAGGAGGAGAGAGACGGUAUGUUGUUUCGGAGCACUCGUCGAUUUGACGACAAAGAAAAUCGUCUUCCAACUCCAAUCCUAGACACGUUCCAUCCAUACGAGUCGCCUGUCAAGUCUGAAACAGUGCUGAAGAGACACAGCAUAGAGAGGCCGGCAUACCAUGCUGGAAUGCAUCGAAAUUGGAACGAGAUGAAAGAGCGAGCAGCGCGAGGAGAUCAGUCAGCCCGACGGAUCAACGUGGUAGGGUACGGCAGCAAGACGAGCAUCAUCUUCUCGAAGGAAGCUCCUGACAAGGACGAGCUGCGAGAUGUCGCCGGGUUCUCUCCUCGACCCAGCAGCAGGUUGUCGACAGGGCGUUUGUACGACCACAGGCGUCCGAUCGCCAAGUAUGGCAAGCUGAUCUAUGGGGGAAGAACCAUCCUUGUGCCCAUGACAGCCAACCAACCGCACCCUCAGAGGAUCUUUCUAGACACUCACUACAAUGGUUGGGUGGGUCAGGCUGUUGGCUCAAGAGCUCCUACACGUCACGAGCGCGAGGUCGACCAGAAGAUGAGUUUGAGGUCAGGUAAGCCUCCUCGUACGGUGCCGUAGCCCGAGAGAACAAGAGGGUUCGCUUCAAGCUUCAGGAGUCGUUGAUAUUCUUAACGUGACAAGACGCGGGAAUACAAAACAGUGCUGCCA